GUGUAAAAUUUAAAAAUAUUGAAUACUUAAAUUGGGUUUUGGAAUAUUGACAAUCACAAUAUACAAUUGCUUGUAGUUUAACAUGUAAUUUGUAAAAUACUUUAUCGAUCUUAUCUCCGUCUAAGUUAUAUUAAUAAAAUCUUGAACUGUAUACGAUUUCAUUAAGUUAUUAUCUGUACAUCGAUGUAGUAUACUGUAAUAAUUCCAACCUGUAAUUUUAGCACAAAUUAGUGUCUUGUUAAAUAUUAAAUCAAAAUGUUAAGAGCAAUAUCUUUAAUUUGUGUUGAGGGUAAAAUGCUGCGACGUAAUGAUUUUUUAAAACUUUUUGGUUCACAACUAUCGGUUCACUCAAGUGUAAAGUCUGACACGACAGUAGUCAGCGAUGCGAGUACAAAGAAUGUGAGACCGGGGACAGAAGACGUUAGACACGCCCCACCCCCUCCGACGCCGCCGCCUCCUCCCUCGCGCUCCAACCGCGCCUUCACGUUCAUCACGGCCAUCACCUUCACCGCCUCUCUCGCUGGAAUUUAUUUGUAUCGGAAGAGAACACACGAUAGAGAAGAUAAGUUGUCGCAGACGAGUACAGAAAGUGGCGAGUCGGAAGCGCGACCUUCGUGUUCGCCGGAGCGCGGUGAUCAGCUGCCGGCGCACGCGCAGUUCCUGCUCGUGGGCGGCGGCACGGCCGCCUUCGCCGCCAUGCGCGCCCUUCGCAGCGCUCGUCCCGACGCGCAGGUGCUGCUCGUGUCGCCCGAGCGGGCGCCGCCCUACAUGCGCCCGCCGCUCACCAAGGAGAUAUGGCGCGAGCCCGACCUCGCCGAGCGCGCGCUGACCCCCGAGCGUCUCACCUUCCGCCAGUGGAACGGCAGACGGCGAUCCCUCCUCUACGAGCCGCUCGCUUUCUACACGCCGCCGGAGCGCCUCCGCGACGCGGCGCCGGGCGCCGGCCUCGCUCUGGGCUGGCGGGUCGUCGCCCUCGACCCCGCCGAACGGACCGCCGUGCUGGAGAGCGCCGCCGGCGAGCGCGCCGAGCUCACGUACGACGAGUGCCUGGUGGCGAGCGGCGGCCGCCCGAAGCGGAUCGGCGCGCUGCGGGACGCCGCCGCCGCCGGUCGCUCCCUCGCGCUCGGCUCCGUCGACGACGUCGCGGCCCUCGCGCGCCUCCUCGACGGCGGCCGGCGCACGGUGGCGGUGAUCGGCGGCGGGCCGCCGGGCGCCGAGUUGGCGGCGGCGCUGGCCGAGCGCGCGCGAGUCGUGCACGUGUACCGCGAGAGUGCGCCGCUGCAGACGUCGCUGCCGCCGAAUCUCGCGGCGGAGGCGGCGCGGGCGCUGGCGGCGCUCGGCGUGGAGGCGGCGCCGGGCCUGGAGGUCGUCGGCGCGACGGCGUCGGGCGACCGAGUGCGCCUGGCGACGGCGGCCGGCGGCUCCCUCGAGGUGGACGCGGUGGUCGAGUGCGCGGGCACGGAGCCCGACGUGGAGCGCCUGGCGAGCGCCUCUCGGCUCGAGACGCAUCCGACGCUCGGCGGCCUCGUGGUGAACGCGGAGUUGGCGGCGCGGUCGGGCCUCUGGGCGGCCGGCGACUCGGCCUGCUACUACGACGCGGCUCUGGGCCGGCGGCGUCUCGACCGCCACGAUCACGCGGUGGCGUCGGGCCGCCUCGCCGGCGAGAACAUGGCGGGCGGGCGCCGGCCGCGCGCCUACGAGCACCGGAGCAUGUUCUGGAGCGACCUCGGCCCCGAGCUCGGAUACGAGGCGAUAGGUGAGAUCGAUUCGAAGCUGCCGACCGUCGCGGUGUUCUGCGAGGACGCCGUGCGCGAAGCGAAGGGAGCGGCGACGACGGCGGACGGCGCGGAGGCGCGAGCGGAGGGCGCGGCGGCGGGAGCGGACGGCGGCGUGCGGUACGAGCGCGGCGUGGUGUUCUAUCUCCGCGAGAGCCGCGUCGUGGGCGUCCUUCUGUGGAAUCUCUUCAACAGAAUGCACGUCGCGCGACAGGUUCUGGCGCGGGGCGAGUUCGAAGACUUGUUCGAGGUGGCGAAAUUGUUCUCGUUGCACGAGGAAGACUAGGCUAAUAAUUUUAAUCUGUAAAUAGACCUCAACUUGGCCACUUUCUUAUUUCCCAAUACACGACGAGUGGCUUAUAAUAAAUAAGAAACAGAAAUAUACCUUUCGAAUAGUG